AAUGGUUUGUUUGAUGUGAUGAAAACCAAAAUUAGAAACCACAAUUGUAACAUUUCCAUUUGCGUAGUGAACCUCUCGACUCUUCACAAGCAAACAACUGAAAUCCCUUUUCCUAAACACAUUAAUUUUCUGACAACAUUUCUUCAAGACCAACCGACUUUCUUUGAUUACUUGAGAAACUGUAAGUAUUCAUAUAUACAAUUUUUUUUUUUUUUUUUUUUUAAAGAUUUGGGAUACCAUUAAAUUAUCUAAAUUUAUUGAAAAUUGAUAGCAAGAUUGAUCUUGGUAUAAGGAUUUCUUGAAUCUUAGUUAUAUUGAAUCUGAAUAAGAUUGCAAUGAACAAAUUUUGAAGUUGGGUUUCCAGAUUUGGGUCAUAGUUCAAGAUUCUUGAUUUUUCUGAUCUGGGGUUUCUAUAUUUGUUUCAAGAUUCAAUUUUUAUGUGGAUUCUGUAUUGAAUUUGAUUAAUUGCAUAAUCCCAGAAGGUAAAAAAGAGAUAUAAAUAUUGGUUUCUUCACAUGGGGAAACCAUUGUUUUAUGAGAUAUUGGAAAAACCAGCAACAAGUUGUGCUAUUGGAAUAUGCAGUGCAAUUUGGUUUUAUAUUCAGAAGUCAAAUAUUGGUUAUUCACAUGUUGGUUUGAGUUAUGAAGCUGCUAUGGAAGGUCAGUAUUGGAGGAUAAUAACAUCAGCAUUAUCACAUAUUAGUGUACUUCAUCUUGUUUUCAAUAUGAGUGCACUUUGGAGUCUUGGAGUUGUUGAACAAUUGGGACAUUUAGGUCUUGGAGUACACUAUUAUCUUCAUUAUACGUUGGUCUUGGUUGUUCUUUCGGGCUUGGUUGUCGUGGGAAUUUAUCAUAUCUUGAUUCAGAAAUUUAAGAUAGAGUAUUUUCGGAGAGUUACUGCUGUUGGAUAUUCUUGUGUGGUGUUUGGAUGGAUGACGAUUCUUUCGGUCAAGCAACCGUCGUCAAAGUUGAAUCUUUUUGGUUUUCUUUCACUUCCCAUCAGUUUUGCGCCAUUUGAGUCGCUCAUAUUUACUUCUAUUAUUGUUCCUCAAGCGAGUUUUAUUGGACAUUUAUCAGGGAUUAUUGUUGGUUAUGCUGUUGGUUGGGGUCUGAUACAUGGGAUGAACAAUUACUGGGCGGUUACAAUGCUGGGAUGGACUGUGCUUGUGUUUGUUUUCAGUUUGAAAAAGUCGGGUACAUUUGAUUUGAACUUUCUUGAGAUUGAACCUGUCACGGAUCCCUCUUUGCCGUCUGUACGUUUCCUUGCAGCUGGAAAUGGUAGAAGUUUACAGAUGAGUACAUUGCCUGAUGCUGGUCCUGAUCUUGUAUAGCUUUCGGAAGAUUACCAAAACUGCAUUUACCCGAUGAUAUAUUCAUUGGUUCUUGAAACACCCGUUUGUUUAUUGAACCAACUGUUUAGGUAACCACUGUUAUUUAUAAGUGUGGUGGACAAAGCUGUUAUUAACAUUUUAUAGAUGCACCCUGAUGUGUUCCACUUAACACUGAAUUUUUAUGGUUAGAUGCUUUAGCCAUUGUGUUCCAUCUAUGCAUUCUAAAUCUGGUAAUGGAAAAUUAUUUAGCAGGA